AUGGCGUGGACCGUAAACAACUUUUCCAACUUCAUCGCUACCUUCACUUUGCCAUACCUUAUGAAUCCUGGGUAUGGCAAUCUCGGACCCAAAGUGGGUUUCAUUUAUGGGUCAUUCAGUCUUAUCAGCGUUGUCUGGGCCUUCUUCUACUUUCCUGAGCUGAAGGGCAGGACUCUCGAUGAGGUCGACAUGAUGUUCCGCGCCAACCCUGGAAAAGCGAAGGAUAUAUCGAAGCAGUGA